GUAUAUAAGGGCUGUGAGCCUCACCACUCACACUACACCAGCACACACCCGCCAGCAUGGCCAAGCAUCUCCUACUCCUCCUGACUGUUGGGACGUGCUGCUGGGCUCAGCUCCUCGUCAGUCCUCCCUCACGCAGCUGCCAUGAGUUGGAAGCGACAGACGAGAGUUCCCAGGAAGUGAGGCAACUUCCUGAGUACGUUGCUGGCGAGGAGAUGCUGGUGAAGGCCCAGGUGCCGCAUGUGGAGGAAGGGGUCUUCGAGUUCUACCUCUGCCCUAAGACAGGCCCCGGGGAUGAAGACUGCCUCAUGAGGUGGCCCUUGGAGAUAUCCGGGGUGGAAGGCCGUCAGUAUAAGAUGGACAAGAAUACCCAGGGAGGAGAGUACAAUAUACCUCUCAUCAUACCUGACCACUUCACCUGUGAUUCCUGCACUCUUCAGUGGACACUGGUGACGGAACAGUGUGCUCCUGAGGACGGUGUCGAAGUGGCCGGUUCCUCCUGCUCCAACCAGCGGACCACACUCUGCUCGGACAUCUCCAUCGUGGAGCGAGGACGACGUCAGAAGAGAAGCUGGGGUUUUAUCAAAGAUAUCUUCUCCGGAGCUUUGCGUGGAGCUAUACAAACCUUUAAAAAUAGACAUGUUGGCAUUUAGAAUGGACAUAAUUGUUUAAAUUUUACUUAAGUAGCUGGCUAUUGAAAUUGUCUUGGCUAUCCUCAAGACACAGACAAAAAUGAAGGCAGACAGAAUGA